UCGUCGAACACUUUUCUUGCUGGGUUUAGAAUUAAAACAAAUGAUUACAAAUAAUCUCAAGUUUAAAGAAGAAAGAUACAGGAAAUAGAUGACUAAUCAUCGAAUAUUGUAGGGGGGAAAGGGCUGCGUUGCUGUCUGUGCUCAUUUAUUAACAACAAAUUAGAUUUUUAGCAUGCCUAAGCUUUAGACAAAUCUAAACAAAGAAAUUCGGAACCGCGUGAACACAAAAUACAAAUAGUAGCUACAACAACGGUGAUAUCAUGAAAUAAUUUCCAUGCAUGCACAAAAAUUUAACUACACCAACGCGGCGUUUAGCAGGUUGGGUUUACAUCUGAUUUCCUCAACAUGUGUUUGAUUAAACGGUUUUUUUUUUUUUUUUUUUUUUUUUUUUUUAGGUUACAGACAUUUAUACUACCUAGAUGUGUCUAAAUAUAUAACUAAAAACAUUAAAGCUAUCAUCAUAAAACAGGGCAAAAGAAGACAAUUUUGCAUUUUAACCUAAUACACAGAAAAUAUACAAUCACAGUAUCAAACAUUCAGGUAUUCAUACAUUUACAUGCAUUUUAGAUAGAUAGAUAGAUAGAUAGAUAGAUAGAUAGAUAGAUAGAUAGAUAGAUAGAUAGAUAGAUACAACAUAGGAUAUAUCUUAAAAAAUAAUUAAAACCCGCUGUCCUUGGAUGAUUUAAAUCCCUUUAAGCGUUUAACGCAAAUAAUUAGCUAUUCAAGUCGUCCCAGAAUAUUAUUAUUAUUUUCCAGGGAAAAAAACAAGAAAAAAUCCAGUUCCAAAAAAGGAUCACUUGACAUUAUUUUAUGCAAUACUGUCCGAGUAGCCUAAGGAACAUAAAAACCUUCAAACAAUAAAUAAAAAGAGAGAUUAUCAGUGCGUCCCAGUCCCUCGCAGCCAGCUCCGUUCUGUAAAGCGGGCCUUUAAGAUUGACCCCUUUCCGAAGUCCCCACGGCCUACAGCUUACUUUGUAUUUCCUUUAAAAUUCCCAGACACCCACACACGGUUACAUCCUAUCUGUUCCCACUGUUCUUUUAGACAAGAAAAACGACGAGACGAAGCUCGGGCUGCAAAUCCGAAAAACUGUGUAGUCAAAUUCAGAAUAGUUGGCUCCGACACCGUUUAUUCUCUAAUCCUAUCGAUGAGACGCGCCAAUAGAAUGUAUCCGAUGCAGAAAAAAAAUAAUAAUUCUGGGGGAAAAAAUCCACAAAUCUACGAGGGAAUAAUGGGGGUUUUCUUUGUUGUGAUCUUAGAGGAAAAAGGCGAAUUCUUGAGGGUGGCUGCUGUCAAGCGCUUUGCCGGCGAAAAGAUUGAUCACCCUUGCUGCCUCUCUACUCCUGCUCUAAAAAUAUCUACCCCCUUUUCCCAUUCGUUUUAAACUUUGACGGAACCAAUUUUGCUUAGUUUUUCAUCAACUAACAUUAUAUUGUUGCUUUCUUCGUCCAAGGUGCAAUAGAAAUUCAAGUAAACACAUAAGCAAUUUCUAUUCUGAACGCGACCUCACUAUGAACUUUUGGUUGUUGUCACAGUCAACAAAUGUUUCACACACCGCUAACAACUAUUUUUCGUGCAGUAUAAUGCGUGUCACCUGCACCUUCAUUUUAACAAAUAAGCAGAAUAUUUACAAAAAAAUAUUAUUUGACAAUUCUCUGACCUAGAUUUAGUGCAAACUUACGCGCUUUAAGGUCCCAGUUUUCAGAAAUUCUUCAGAGGCUGUGUUAAAAAAAAAAAAAAAAAACCAUUUAAAGGUAAACCCCAAAAUAAUGUAUUUGUAUCGUAAUGGAGUUGAAUCUCAUAUUCGGCAAAUGUGGCAGACACUCUCAUCAUCACCCUUAUACAUCCUUAUUUAUGUGCUUGAUAAAACAAAUAUUUCUACACCUACCUAUAUACAUCUCUUGUCUGUUACACUUGUCAAAAGUUUUAAGAUUAAUGACCACUGAUUGUAAAUAUGCAAGAAGCCAUAUUGUGGAUGUACUUAUCAGGCAAGGCCUGUGAAUUACAUCACCGGUAGUUCUGGAUUUGGAUUGUUAUUGUCUAACAUAAGAGGCCUGCACUACCUCUCACGACAAAACAAGACUGUCCGAACACAUGGCAAACGAGAUCCUUUUUUUUUUUUAUUUCGUCCGUGUUACAAUAAGAACUGAAUUAUAAUACCCUGCUGUAUUUUAUCAAUUCAGAAAAAUAUUGCUUUCUUUUGCCACCAGGCCCCGAAUUACGAUUGGCUGAGAUGAGUCAUGUGACCAGGAAUUGGCUGCAAUUUCGCCCAUAGUCUUCAGUUUAGUAGACCUUGGUCCCCAUACGCUAGUAAUAUCACCAAUAUACACAAUUAUUAAAGCCCGCAAAUGCCGUCAUAGCAGGAACGAAAAAAAAUCCUGGCCUUUUGGAUGUUAUUUUUUGCGUAUGCUGGUGUCGCUGGACGCCCUUUUUGCCCAGGCGAAGCGAUGAAUUUUGAAUUUGAGAGGGAGAUUGGGUUCAUCAACAGCCAGCCUUCCCUUGCAGAGUGCCUGACGUCUUUCCCCGCUGUCCUGGAGUCAUUUCAAACUUCAUCAAUCAAGGACUCGACAGCAAUUCCACCUCCUUUCGAGCACACCAUCCCUAGUCUGAGUCCCUGCACAGGCAACCAGGCGCGACCGAGGAGCCAAAAGCGAACUGCCUCCAAUGGCCUCCAGCUCCGGACACAAACAGCACCGCCGACGCAGCACCAGCAAGGCCCGGCCCCGCUGUCGGGUGGCGCGCCCCUGGCCCACGAGUUCCCAUGGAUGAAAGAGAAAAAAUCCUCGAAGAAGUGCCCCAAGCCCGGAGCCACUGCUUCUGCAGCAGCAGCCUCCCCUUCUCAGGCAUCCUCCGGCUACACAACCCUGGGACUGGAGUCCCCGACAGAGGUUCAAGGUGUACUGGAUAAUGGCAGCGGUUCACGGAGGCUGAGGACAGCAUACACCAACACGCAGCUACUUGAACUGGAGAAGGAGUUUCACUUUAACAAAUACCUCUGUCGGCCCCGGCGCGUUGAAAUAGCAGCACUUUUGGAUCUAACCGAGCGCCAGGUCAAAGUGUGGUUUCAGAAUCGACGCAUGAAACACAAAAGACAAACUACGCACCACCGGGACGGGCAAGAAGGCGAGCCCGGCGGUUUUGAGCUCCUGGAGGGAACCGAAGCUGCUUCACCGUAUUCGAGCCAAUCGUUGGAAGUAUCUGGCUCCGGUUCUGCAGCAGCCUCCGAGAGUGAGACGUGCCCGACAGCCGCCUCCUACACGAACAGUGCGGACAAAAGCCAGCCCACGCCUGAAGAGGGCCAGGCGAACCCGUCGGAGCCUGCAUCUGUUCCUGACACAGCGGUUCACUCCCCCCCGUAUCCAACGCCUACUGCAGAUAACCCCAGCACAAUGGCUGAGGGCCGAGCAGCUGGGCCAGAGCAUUCGUUCACAGAGCCGCAGGAUGCCAGCUCUCUACCCGAUCUCAAUUUCUUUUCGACAGACUCCUGCCUACAGAUCUCGGACGCUUUAUCGCCGAGUUUGCAGAGCUCACUGGACAGUCCAGUUGAUUUCUCCGAGGAAGAUUUUGACUUGUUUACGAGCACCCUUUGUACUAUAGAUUUGCAACAUUUACAGUUCUGAACUGUUAUGACAACUCAACGCAUACAAGAACAAUCGAACUCCAUCUAAUUACAGUGUCAUGAAUGCAUCUUGACAACAACAUUCCUAUAAUAAGAUAUUAAAAAGUGAAGAAAAAAAUGGCGUGAAACAAUGCCUAAAAGGAAAUAAAUUGUCCAUUAUUUUGAAAAUACGAUGAUGUAAUCUUUUUGAGUACACAUCGGGAUGGCCCCUGUCGAAGUUUCAGGUAUUUUAUUGCCUUUUGAUUCUCGGAAUUAAGUUUAUGUCGACUAACAGAUGAAUGGUUGCGGACUUUUUCAGUGAAACUCAAUCAUUGGAAUCUCAGGAAUUGUGUCAGACAUAAGGGUAGUUGAACUGCUUUUAGGAAUCUUCCCAAGGCGGGCGUUGUCCCUGUUGAAUAAUUUUAGAACUAGUUUAUUUAUUGAGAUUCUUUAAUAGUAAAUUUCAAAUUUAUUUAUUGUACGUUAUUUUCAUAGUUGAAAUAAUAAAAAAAUAUAAAAAUAAAAAAAAAGUUGGUGGAGCGAGUGUGAUUGAUUCUCUAAGCUUUAAUGAACUCUUUUUU